AUGUGUGAGGCUGUCCACACAAACAUAACAGAAGGUAACCAAAGUACAACAGAGGUAAGAUUUGGAAAAGACUACUACAAUUAUUUCGACACCAAAACCUACUUGAAUUCUUAUUUCACUGGAAUUUCCGAAGAAACUCCCUCUCACUCUCAAUUUGCCAUGCGUAAUUUCCACGAGGCUUGGUCCAAAAUGCCCGAGGGAAAUCUUCGUGUGUUAGAAUUUGGUGGAGGACCAAACAUUUCUGCUCUAAUCAGCGCCGAACCCUACUCGAAAGAGAUAAUUUUUGCCGAGUACAGCGAAAGGAAUCGGCGAGAAGUAGAGGAAUGGCUGCAGAACUCACCUGAUUCUCAUGAUUGGUCAUCGUAUUUCAACUUUGUCGUCCAGAACUUGGAAGGAAAGACAAGCGAAGAAGUGUCAAUUCGACAAGAAGCACUGAGGAAGAAAGUGACCCAUAUUCUAUCGUGUGAUAUUGGAUGGGAGGACCCGGUAAAAUGGCCAUCUUCGUGGUCCACACAGAUUCGAUCGUUUGAUGUGAUCACAACAAAUCUGUGUCUAGAAGCUUCCGUGACAUCUACAGAAGACUAUCGUCACGCGAUCGCCAAGCUGUCAAGGUACUUGAAAGCUGGUGGAUAUUUUGUCAUGCUUGGAGUUCUGGGCGAGAGUUUUUACAUGGUUGGUAAUGAAAAAUUUUAUUGCUUUCCUCUGAGUAAGAGUAUUAUUGAGGAAACUUUUGCGGAAGAGGGAUACCAGAUUCUUGAUCUGAAGGUAUUUACCUUAGAUCCGACAGUGACAAAGGGGAAUUGCAAUGCUGAAGGUUUGUUCUUUUUUAGAGGCAGGUUUGACGCGCAUGCAUAGCCCAUCUAGAUGUCAGUUGUAAUGAUUGCUGAUGGCUGUUCAUUGAAAAGCAGAAAAGUGGCUAGUGCUCAAAAACUAAGUUAUUUUAGACACAGUUUUUAUACUUACUGUGGUCUCAUUAGAAAGUAAUAAUCAAAUUUUAAGGUUCUUCUAGUCUUCACUUGUUUGUACCAGAUCUUUUCUGUUACAAUGCCAAUUGCUUCAUUUUUUUUUCUUGUCCUUGUGCUUCUAGUUUGUUUAUAGGUUCUACAGUCCAGCAUAUUAACCCUUUAACUUCCAAGAUCAAAUUGUUAAUUCCCCUUAAGCUGCAGUGCAUUUUCUUGUAAAUUAGUAAUGAGAAUUUGGUGUUAGAUCAAGAUAACAACUUCUACCUCAUAAGUUUGAAUAUUCUCAUCACUUAUUUGCUGGAUAAUGUAAUGAUACUAUAGGGAGAAGUUUCAUGUUGAUCACUUUUGGGAAUUAUUAAAGGAAUGCAAGGAAAUGCCUUGGGAAUAAAGAAAAAUAUCAACUAAUAACUAAUAAGUUGAUCCAAUUCCAGAUUGUAACAUCCAAAGAAUUGUAUGGGAAGUAAUGAGAAUUACUACUGAGAUCUUGGGAGUGAGAGGGUUAAAAUAUCAAUCACCACAUUUUGUACAAUGAUCAUUUCCUUGCAUCCCUUUAAUAAUGUAGUAAUAAUUGAUAAUGUGUGACAUGAUUUUCUACAAGGUGGUCCAAAUAUUUUAUUAGUUAUAGGGUAUAAGAGGCAAUUCAGGUGUUUUUCAAAUUUCAGCAGAAAAUAAGUUCUUAUGGAUGUUUCAGUAAGUCCAAUAAGUUUGUAACUCAUAACUCACAACAAAAAAUUGUGUUUAGGAUGGUUAAAUGCAUGCUGUCCAAGAUUAUACAUGCACUUCCUUCACAUGGUUCUAUACAAAACAAAACUCCUGAUCAAACUGUCAGCUUCUUUGCUUGUCAGUAAGCUGGAACUGUUCAAUGUAUUUCCUUGUACACUUGAGCACUUCUUGGAUUUGGUAUUUCUGAUUUUGGUGUAAAUAUAUUCAGAUCCUGUUAUGUGAACUGUUUAGUUAAUGCUGGAUUCUCAUUCCAAAAGUAAUGUUAAAAUUCACAUGACAUUUAAAGGGAACACAGAUUGAAGACAUUCUUUAACAACUUAGUUGCCCACAGAAGUCAAGGGCUGAGGGAGUAAAGGAGGUUUUGUGAUAUUAAUCCCAAAGAACAGGGGUUUUUUACUGCUACCAAAUGCUACAUUAAAGGUGAAUUGGUUAAAUUGAUAUUGGACCAGUCUGGACAAGGCAUUAUCUCAUACCCAGAUCCUGAAAACAAUUUGGCUGUAAAAGGUCUGGGUAUGCAAUAUCACCAGGCUGGUGUAGCAUCCUUUAUUGUCCAUAACCUAGGCUGGCUUAUUCAUCUGUUUUAGAAUUGUCAUGAAUUAUGCUUUGUAAGAGGUUAAUUAUAUUGUGAUUAGACAUAA